CUGCAUAAUUCGCAGCAUAGAGCGGAGCGAGAGAAAACGUCAAAACUGACAUUUUUAUCUCCGAACCAACCAGACGACCAUCUUUAUUUGUCGUGCUACUCCAGCUAAAAAAUGCUGUCUCGUGCUGCCCUUUUGUCCGCUGCAAAGAGACCCACGGCUCUGGUUCUUGCUCGUGGAUCAGCUAGUGGCACCGAUACUAACCGCCCAGUGCGACCUGAGAACCCUGGAAAGGUCCGGAUGGGAUUUCUGCCGGAAGAAUGGUUCACGUUCUUCUAUAACAAAACCGGUGUCACAGGACCAUACGUGUUUGGCGCUGGUUUGAUGACCUAUCUGUGCUCCAAGGAAAUUUAUGUUAUGGAGCACGAGUACUACAACGGCCUGUCGCUUGCAAUCAUGGUUAUUUUUGCCGUUAAAAAGCUGGGGCCAGCUGUUGCUGCGUAUUGCGACAAGGAAAUCGACAGAAUCGAAGGCGAGUGGAGACAGGGCCGAGAAGAUAGCAUUAAGCAGCUGGAUGAGGCUAUCGAAGAUGAAAAAAAAGAACAGUGGCGUGCUGAAGGCCAAACGUUGUUGAUGCAAGCCAAGAAGGAAAAUGUAGCCCUUCAACUGGAAGCUGCUUAUCGCGAUCGAGCUAUGACUGCUUAUCGCGAAGUCAAGAAGCGUCUGGAUUACCAGGUAGAGCGUCAAAACGUCGAACGUCGCAUCUCGCAGAAGCAUAUGGUUGAUUGGAUCGUAAACAACGUGGUCAAAUCGAUUACUCCUGAUCAGGAGAAAGAAACCUUAAACCGAUGCAUUGCCGAUUUGGGAGCUAUUGCCUCCAGAGCUAAGUAAACAUGUGCUAUAAAGACCCAAUUGGCGGGUACUAGUGGUGAAAUAAAAUAUUCGUUUGAAAUAAAGAUCUUUCCGAAUAAAUAGAACGAUUUGAGUUAA